AUGAAAUCGAUAUACUUCGUGUUACUUUAUCUAGUCCAAAAGGUGUUAGCUUUGCAUUUCUACUCGGUACCUGGGGACACAAAGUGUUUUUAUGAACAACUUGCUAAGGACAACUUGCUCUUGGCGCACAUUGACGUCUACAAGGAGACUGAAGAUGCACAGUUCGUCAAGAGUCUAGCUCUCGAACUUUCUAUAACUAUCUAUGAAACAUUUUCGAGAGAUGAGAUAGUGUUUUCACAGCAGAAUUCGCCAUUAGGGGAGUUUACAUUUACCGCCAUGAGAGCAGGCGAACAUAGAAUAUGUAUAACGCCUAAACUUCCUGAAAAGGCUGUGCGAUUGAGAGUUUUUAUUGAUCUAAGUGUGAGUCAAGUGGACGUAUUGGAUAGUAAAAGGCUGACAGAUAUCACAUAUUUAAAGAAUAGGCUUGUAUACCUAAUUAGCACAUUGGAGGAUAUCAGGGCGGAACAAAACAUUUACAAACUCCAUGAAGACAUCUUCAGGGAUCAGAGUGAUAUUGUAAAUACUAAAAUAAUGCUUUGGUCGCUGCUUGAAGUAAUUGUGAUGAUUGGUGUUUGUUCUUUCCAAUUAAAAUACCUAAGGAAUUUUUUCAUUAAACAAAAGGCGUUCUAA